AUGGCCACCCAAGCCCCUCUCUCUCUUCUGCUUACAUGUUUUCUAGCAUGCUUUGCUUCAACCUCGGCAGCAGCCUAUUACAACGCAUCACCCUGGAGUUCUUCUUCUUAUGCCCCCAGCACUCCUAACGCCAUUUUGAAUGCAAUAGACUCGUGUUGGCGUACGAAGUCGAACUGGGCAGCCAACCGCCGAGCGUUGGCCGAUUGCGCGGUCGGGUUCGGCAAAGAUGCAAUAGGAGGAAAAUAUGGGAAAAUAUAUGUGGUCACCACACCUGACGACGACGCAGUAUACCCUAAACCGGGCACGCUUCGAUACGGUGUCAUCCAAACGGAGCCGCUUUGGAUUGUUUUCGCCAAGGACAUGGUUAUCAAGCUGGAGAAUGAGCUUAUUAUGAACAGUUUCAAGACCAUAGACGGAAGAGGGGCGAAAGUGGAGAUUGCUAACGGGCCAUGCAUCACGGUGCAACACGUAAGCCAUGUGAUAAUACAUGGGAUCAGCAUUCAUGACUGUAAGAAGGGGAAAUCUAGCAAGGUUAGGAGUAGUCCGACGCAUGUUGGGCGUCGUGGCGGCUCUGAUGGAAAUGCCAUUGCAGUAUUUGCAGCCUCGAAUGUUUGGAUUGAUCAUUGCUUUCUCGCCCGUUGCACGGAUGGGCUCAUUGAUGUUAUUCAUGCUUCCACUGCUAUCACCAUCUCUAACAACUAUUUCUCACAGCACGAUAAGGUGAUGCUGCUAGGACACAAUGAUGCAAAUGCUGAAGAUAAAGUUAUGAGAGUCACAAUAGUCUUUAACCGUUUUGGUGCUGGCCUUGGUGAGAGGAUGCCCAGGGUCAGGUUUGGAUAUGCCCAUGUCGCCAACAAUAAAUAUGAAGAAUGGCGGAUGUAUGCCAUUGGCGGCAGUGCCGAUCCAACCAUCUUCAGCGAAGGAAACUACUUUAUAGCUUCCUUUGCCAAACAGAUUACAAAGAGAGAGACAAAAAAGGGCAACUGGAAUGAUUGGAAAUGGAGGUCUUCUAAAGACGUAUUUGUGAAUGGUGCUUAUUUUGUUCAAUCUGGGUGGGGAAGUUGUGCUCCAUAUUACUCUCGAGCUCAAUCAUUUGCAGUCGCUCAUGGAGUAAUGGUGCCUGCUCUCACUUCCAACGCUGGCCCCCUGAGUUGUGUUGCUGGUAAAGCAUGUUAA